AUGAUUCAGUUUUUGCUAGGAUUUACACUUGGCAAUGUGGUUGGGAUGUAUCUGGCUCAGAACUAUGACAUUCCAAACUUGGCCGAAAAGCUCAAAGAGAUUAAAAAAGAUGUAGAUGCCAAGAAGAAACCUCCUAGCUCUUAAUGCCAACAU